GGAUACAUGUAAUGCUCAUACACACAAUCCAUUCAUGGGAUAGAAUGGAAUACACAUGUGCAUAAUCAGUGCUAGGUGGUAGCAGUGUAUUGCAGCAGCAACAUACUACGAUCUUGAGGUUUUUUUCCUUUGCUACUCUGCGUGGAUAGAGCUGUGCUGUCACACAGUGGUCUCUGGAGAUCGAGAAAGGAGUGUAUGCAUGCAUGCAUGGCGUGCUGAUCAAGACAUUCAUUGGCACUUCAGUCUAAAUCCCUUUCUGUCGGGGCGCUCGCUGCAGCAUAUUUCUCAACGGGGAAAAUCAAGUUUGCUUUUUUAUUCAUUUGGAACACCUGUAUGGAAUUCCUGAAUGGUGGUUUGCCGGCAAGCUUUCAAGUAGCCGGAGCCGUGUGUUUCAAAGGAGCGGGUUUGGUUCACGUUAACUGAGCAUCGAGAAAGAGACAAAUGGGAUUUUAGAAGCUGAACAGCCGGCUCUCUGUACCCCGUUUUGAUGUGGGCUGGAUGCCUCAGCAAGGCUACGCUGACGCUAUGAGCUUCCGCAGGAAGAAGAGAAAUAAGCAGUUGCGCAAGACAAGAUGUUAUAGUGAAAUAAAUUACGAUUCAUUUGUAAACAGCCAAGAAUGGACACUCAGCAGAACAGUUCCAGAACUCAAACUGGGUGUGGUGGGCAGCUUGACCAGUGGCAAGUCAGCUCUUGUGCACAGAUAUCUGACUGGAUCCUACAUGCAGGAAGAGUCUCCAGAAGGAGGGCGCUUCAAGAAAGAGAUCGUCGUUGAUGACCGGAGCUAUCUCCUACUCAUCAGAGACGAAGGGGGUCCCCCAGAGCUGCAGUUCUGCUCGUGGGUAGACGCCGUGAUCUUGGUCUUCAGCGUCGAGGACGAAAUGAGUUUCCAGCUGUUGUACAACUUCUACGCCAAAAUCGCCCACUACAGAAACACGGCAGACUUACCGAUGAUUCUGGUUGGUACACAAGGCAACGAUACUGUCAGUCAGAACACACCGAGGGUCAUCGACGACUCAAGAGCAAGGAAGCUAGCAGCUGACCUCAAGAGAUGUCCUUACUACGAAACAUGUGCAAUGUAUGGUCUCAAUGUGGAUAGAGUCUUCCAAGAUGCUGCUCAAAUAAUCCAAGAGCGUAAGCAUCAACACUUCUUGUCGUUGGGUCCUCUGUCAACAUCAAGCUCCUCCCUACCCAGCACCCCACACUCCGUCCGAAGUAACAACUUUGGCAUUCCAGGACCUUACCCCCAGGGCUCCAACACGGCACCCAGUACUAAUCAUUCAAAUAGCGGAGCGCCCCCAACGCCGACUGCUGGGCGCAGGAAUCUGAGCGGCGGGAGUCGGGAGGGGAGUCGGGACUCCUCGCAGCCCAGUCCGAGUAGCACGCCGAAUUUCACGCGGAAAUCGAGGCGGAAGUCCAACUUAUUUACGCAACCAGGAAAAGGAAACAAAGUGACAGAAACCAAAAACGGAGCUGAACCCGUCCCGCGGCCCUCGCAUGGUAUAGGCAGUGGAAGGAGUAUACCAAUAAUGCAGGGCUUGCUGUACAAAAGAAGUAGCAAAUCCCUGAACAAAGAGUGGAAAAAGAAAUACGUGACGCUAUGUGACGAUGGCAAGCUGACCUACCAUCCAAGCUUACAUGACUACAUGAACAACAUCCACGGCAAAGAGAUCUUGUUGAUGAACACCACAGUCAAAGUUCCUGGUAGGAGGCCACAGGUUGUCCGUAAUAACCCUGGUGGGUCACCGAGCAAGAACGCCCCCGGAUCCAAUGGAAUCUCCAACAAUAUGCGUGCAAUGACGAUAUCGGGGCAUACAGGCGGGAAUAUGCACGCUAACCAAGCAGCAUUUGCCAAAGACGGCGGGGUCAACUUCCACUCGUUCAAGGAGAGGCAGGAGAUUAACGCUAAGUCCACGUCCCUACCGAGGGAUGCCGUGUGGGACUCUGUGGUCAUCUCCAACUCAUCCGUUACCCCAGGUAUUGCAAAUGGCAUGGACACUCCGAUGGCGUUCCCCCAAAUGGGUAAUCUCGUAGGAGGGAAGGAAUCGUCUAAGAAGAAACACAGACGGAUGAGGAGCUCUGGAGGAGGCAAGAAUGUGGACACGUCAAAUCAACAAGAAGAUACAGACGAAUAUGAAUUUGUCAUCGUUUCACUUGACAACAGGCAGUGGAAUUUUGAAGUCUCAUCUGCUGAGGAGCGUGAUGUUUGGGUGACGGCAAUCGAACAGCAGAUCCUAGCAUGUCUACAGGCCAAUGUCAGCGCCAAAGGCCUCAUGACCAACGUGGAGAGGUCGGCUGCCGUCGAGACCAUUCGUAAAGUUGCUGGAAAUAAUAUGUGUGCGGACUGCAGUUCACCAAAUCCAGACUGGGCUAGUCUCAACCUGGGUGCUCUAAUAUGCAUCGAGUGCUCGGGGAUCCACAGAAAUCUGGGCUCACAUGUCUCAAGAGUGCGCUCAUUACAACUCGACGAGUGGCCGCCCGAGUUAACAGCGGUCAUGCUGUCCAUAGGCAACACGGUGACAAACAAUGUGUGGGAGGGGUCGUUACGGAACCAGACGAGGCCGCCUGUGGCAUCCGGGAGGGAGGAAAAGGAAAAAUGGAUCAGGGCAAAAUAUGAGAAGAAGGAAUUUGUAGCUCCACCACCGUUCACAGACAGACCGCUGGGACAGCAACUAAUGGAAGCUGUGAUCAAGGAGGAUGUACGCUCCGUCAUGCUGAUACUAAUACAUGCCAGUCAGGAUGACGUUAACUACCACUACGGUGACGGAGACGGCAGGUCAGCAUUACAUCUCAGCUGUGCCAUGGGUAAUGUGGUCAUUGCGCAACUCUUAGUCUGGUACAACGGAGACGUGAAAGCAGUAGACGCUGACGGCAGGACGGCUCUCGCCUACGCCCGGAGCAUCGGGGCGGACGAUUGUGUAAAGGUCAUGUUGGCCAAUGGCUGCCCGGAUGACGGGGGCGAUGUGAACACAAACAACAGCGCACUCAGGAGGACUCACGGCAAAACCAUGGAGAAGAUGCAAUCAAGCAUCAUAUGACCAAGUUUUUCGGUCCAGUUUUUUUUUUUUUUUUUU